CCGCCCACGUGAUCCCCCUGCAAACGAGGAGAGCAGAGAGAGGUGCUGCUGCUGCGGAGGUGACUGAUUGUAAAUUCUCAGAGACAUGGCAGCUCAGACCACCGAAUCCGAUCAAAUCAAGCAGUUCAAAGAAUUUCUUGGGACUUAUAAUAAACUUACAGAGAACUGCUUCCUGGACUGUGUGAAGGAUUUUACUACACGAGAUGUUAAGCCUGAAGAGAUUACUUGCUCAGAGCACUGUCUACAGAAGUACCUGAAAAUGACACAGAGGAUAUCCAUGAGAUUUCAAGAGUACCACAUACAGCAGAACGAGGCCUUGGCCGCCAAAGCAGGACUUAUUGGGCAGCCUCGAUAAGAGCUGAAUCAGCUAUUCAAGGUCCCAUCAAGUCCAGGUGACAACACGCUGCGCGGUCCGGGUACUCACGCUCUGGAGUGACAGGUGUGCCAGUCUACUCCCAACAGAGCCCCGGACUUGAGCAUUGAUGGAUGCUGAAGAAUGACUGAUACCAGAAGAAACUGGUCAUGGGAGGCAGUCGUAGAUUGUGCUCCCUGAGAGGUGUCCGCAUCACUGGACAUUCUGAAUACUUUUCUAAUAAAAAUCUGAUUUCAUUAUCACACUUCAUCUGGACAGAAAACCACAGGUUACUUGUUUCUUACAUCUUUUGGAAGAUGUGACAUGAAGGAGAUCAUGGGUCCAUAAUCUACCAGCUAAAGUAAUAAUAUUCCAGUGAAAUAAACGUGGUUAUAAGAAUGAA